AUGUUCUUCAAAGCUCUGGCCGAUGCCACCGAGUGUAAUACCAAACUAGGAGUCGGGGCACUUGAAAUCGCGCGCCGUGCCCAAAAUGGUGUUUCUAAUGCUAUUGGCAUCAACAAAGUACUACCGUCUGCAGUCCAGAAACUCACCAAUCGUGUUUACGACACAAACAAGAACAUUGUGCGCCGGGUUGGACAUGGUAGUGCUAGAAUAUUGCGACCCGAAGAUUUCACGGUGGACGAAACAGAAAACGCCAUGGUUAUGGAAGACGCCAGCCUAAUAAAACACGUCAGGCUUAUAAAAGACGCCAGCUUAACAGAAGGCGCCGACCUGAUAUAUCGGGUGAAGACCACGAUCAAUCUAAAAAAUCACCAGGAACCAUCAACUAGUUCUGGUCUCUAUCAUUUCCAGAGCGCAUGCCCUGACCUCCCGGAUAGUCGCGACCAUAUCUACGAAGCGGAAGACCGGACUCUGCGUCGGCGUGUGGACCUCAGGCCUUCUUGCCCACCGGUAUACGACCAACUCAAAGCAGCGAGUUGUGUUGCCAACGCUAUCGCUGGUGCAUAUGAGUUUAUCUCGAUGAAGCAAAACUUACAUUUCUCACCGUCAAGGCUUUUUAUUUGGUACUAUGGUCGCCAAAUGACCCAUCCUGAUGACCGCGAUGCUGUCCUCAAAAAUCUCGGGAUGUCUUUCCGAGAAGUCACGGCGUCUGUUCAGAACAAGACUGGUCAUAUGAAAAUUGCUGAGUAUAAUGCGAAGACGAAAUACUUUGUCCCCGGGGCCAAGGCGGCAAAGAAGCCAGCUGCUCGGGCACAGAAACGUGCUCAUCAGCAUGCCACAGUCAAAUACUUUUCAUUCCCUGGAAAAGAAAGGAAAAAGCUCAAAGAUAGCCUUGACAGGGGAUAUCCGUUUCUUUUCCUGCUGGUACCAAGUGAUGGAUUGAAAAGGAUUGGUGGUGACUAUGGCUACACCCUGAAGAUGCCAACGCCUGCUGAGUUAAAAAAGUGGAAGGGGCGUCAUGGCCUCUUAGCGGUUGGUUAUGACGAUGAUGACAAUGAAGAAGUCUUCAUUGUUCGCAAUUCAUGGGGGGCUCGAUGGGGUGAUGGUGGGUACUUUUACAUGCCAUAUGCAUACCUCAAAUCCUGCAGUGAUAUAUGGACUAUUCGUUUAGUGAAGGGUUUAUCUCCUUAUUCUAUACAGGGGUGGUCAUUAGUCAAGGCUGCGGGCCUCUGUGCAAAUCCCUCAAUCGACAAAGUCCCGGAUUGUCCGUUCUCGCAGAGCAAUGCUGUGAAAGAAUUCUGA